AUACAGGAUGUUAAACUUAAAACUUUUUUUUGUUUUUCCCCAAUAACUUUAACAAAAGUUAACUUUUUUUCACAAAAAUUUGUAGUUAGAGGUUUUUUAGGUCGAGAAAUUCAUUUUUUUAACAAAUUGAGUGUACAAUGUAGGGGGCCCUGUCUGCGACAUCUUUUUCUCUUUCAUAAGGUCAUAACUUUUUUGUGCUUAACUGUAUUUAAGUUUUUAUUGAAAAUAAUACUUUUUUCAUAUUUUUACGUAAAAAAGGUAUACUAAGUUGAAGUCGCUCAGAGUUACCGUUUUGGAGAUAUUUGUAUUUAAAUUAUUUAGUGCACCAUGCACUCGACCCCGGCUGAAUAAUUAAUAUAAUCGGGAAAUAAUUCGCUUUUUUAAAGUAAGCUAUGAGAAAGCAAAUGAACUUUAGAGACGCAGUUGUUAGGAAACCGCCAUGUUGUUGUUAUUUGUUGAUUAGUUUAAAGUUGUCAGAAAAUAUUUAAUUAGUGUUUUCUGUGAUUUUGCAUCCAGUUUACUGUUUUGUUGAAUUUUUAAAUUUUUCGUAAGUUGAGAAACAAUGCCGAGGCACAAUGUUUUUUCAAAUGCCGAAAUGAGGGAUAUGUUGUGUGUAUAUGCGCAGGCAAAUUUUAAUGGACGCGAAGCCUAUAGACGAUAUUCAGAACUCUAUCCACAUCGAAGACAACCUGAUUUCAAGAUCUUCAAAAAUCUUUACGAUCGAUUAGGAGAAACAGGUAUAUUUCGUCCUAAACGGAAUUCCGCAGGGCGCCCGAAGGUUAUAACUCCAGAACAAGAAGAAGAAAUUCUGGUCCGCGUGGCCGAAAAUCCGGAAAUAAGUGCAAGACAUGCUGCUGCGGCAACUGGAGUAGGCAAGUCAUCCAUUUGUAAAAUAUUUCACGAAGAGGGUCUUUAUCCGUAUCAUUUCACUCCUGUGCAAAAUUUAUUAGAAAAUGAUUUUGCGCCCAGGAUAGAAUUUGCCCGUUUUUGCCGUGCCCAAAUAAUUGCCGACCCCAUGUUUCUGAAUAAGAUACUAUUUACUGAUGAAGCAACGUUUACACGUAGAGGCAUUUUCAAUUUUAGAAAUAAACACACAUGGGCAUUACAAAAUCCACAUUCAGUACACGAACGUCAUUUCCAACAUGAAUUCAAAAUUAAUGUAUGGUGUGGUAUAAUCGAUAAUCAUUUAUUGGGCCCUUUCGAACUACCGCCCAAUUUAAACUAG